UCGAAUGGUGUGGCUCGCACAUUUUACAAAUUAAAUUACAAUUCACAGCUUUUACGCGAUGUUAUUGCCAGCAGAUCGUUUGGAGCACCACAAGACCAGUUUGGAGCAACAGCUGAAGCUAUUGGCCACCAGCAUAAGGAGCUAUCUAGCGGUGAAAGCAGCCGAAACACCUGAAUUGUCGAAUCGAGCGAACCGCUUGUGGGAACUGAGUCAACGAUAUCGCCUGGUUAAGGGUACCAAUCAAGCUGCCACCUUUGCCCUGCUUUCUGUGUGCCAGGAUGUCUACCAAAGCCUGCAGGACAGCGUACUGAAACUUGCUUAUGAACUAGCCCAGAUAUCCGUCCAAGUAGCCGACUUCGAGAUCGCCUGCCUGCAGCUGAGUCAAGAGCAAGGCAAAAGCCAAAAGACGCCCACAAAUUUAAUAGAAUUUCGGAAUUUCCUGGAGGAAUCCCUCAAGCUGCUGCAGAACCAGGUCAAAUAUCUGGAGCUCCAUCUGCGCCAGCUGCAACCGAAAUUUGCGGCCCCGGAAUCCUCGCUGGAUACCUUUAGAUCCGAUCUUCAAUUGCCUGAACACGCCGAAGCUCGAAUUUCACUGGGACUGGCCAAAAUCGAAAAGCUCGCCAGUUUUCCACUCGUCUUGUAGUUUGUUAGUAGGAUCUUC